GUUAUCACCAGGUUUGGAACAAAGUCCAGCUGUUGUGUCAAACACAGGCACUUCUGACUAUUCCCUUAUUACUGUUGUCUCACCAGAACACACAACAUAUCAUACAGCUGAGGACAGACAACGACACGCAAUGGAUUCCACAUCUUCAUUUAUCAAGACAGUAACCAGGCGAGUGUGGUCCCCACCACAGAGGCCGUUCAGAGUGAGCUGUCACAACAGGGAGACCAGGAAGGGUGUCACAGCUGGGACCCUGGAGGAGCUGAAGGAGAGGGUCUGCCAGGUCUUGCUGCUGUCUCUGUCCACGGUGUCUCUGGUCUGUGAGGAGGACGGUACAGAGGUGGACUCGGACGAGUUUCUCAUGACCCUCCCUGAUAACACUGCGCUCAUGGCUCUGGAAGCUGGACAGAGGUGGAGACCACAAGCAGGAGCAGUUCUGCCCAAAUCCAAAGACAAAGCAAGGACUGGGAGAGACAUUGCUCGCGUCACCUUUGACCUCUACAGGCUGAGCCCAAAGGAUGUGUUUGGUUCUCUGAGUGUGAAGGCCACGUUUCAAGGCCUGUACUCUGUGAGCGCUGACUUCCAGUGUCUCGGACCCAAGAAAAUCCUCAGAGAAACCCUGCGCUUGGCCUCCACCCUCCUGCACGCUGCCGGACACCUGCUUAUCACUUCUGCCACCCUGAUCCGGCGCGUUAUUGAAGGAGCUGAGUUCUGGCAGCCACAGAGGGCAGAGUACAUAAAGAGCUGGAACUAAAGGAGCCAAGACAAAUGUAUUCAUAGAGAGCACAGCCUAAAUCCCAUGUUAUUCAACUGAUAAGGAUCGAUAUGAUUGUUUAAUGUGUCCUCUGUUUACUCCUAUGAUUAAUCAUCUGGUUGGGUGGUUCUAUCACACAGUUGUGUUUUUCGACACGUUAAUGUUUUUAACAUAUGUGUUGUAUGUUCUUUUUCCCCCUAAAUAUUUUAAAUAUCAAUAUAAACAUAACAUAAGAGCAACAUAAAAAAAUUAAUUCAUGUGCAACAUAAACAUCAGAAAACGUCUUGAAUAACUAAAGCGGUAAUAACGUAGCUUGGUGGAAAGGAAAAGGAGUGUAAUAAUUGACAUAAAGUGUGUUUUGUGCAAUAUUUUCUAAAUAACGUCAUAUACAUUUUUCAUUUUAUUUAUGAUUAUGAAUAAAAUACUGUUAUAUAUCUUUUCUAUUGGUGAAACAUAAAAACUCAUUAAAUUGAAAAAAUUGUCAAUGACAAACAUUCAUAUAACCUAUUGUGCAUACAUGUGAACCAAUGUAUAAAGUCAUCAUCAAUAAAAAUAAACAAGUAAAAGUCAACAAGUAUAACAGCAAAAGAUAAAUUGAACUUUGCAACCUCAUACAAACAUGUAACAAUUUGUCCAACAAAUUGUAAACAUCAUAAAAUACAAUGUUUUGGUUUAAGCAACUACUCCUCUU